AUGUUGGAGGGCAACAAACAAUUUAUUAUAUAUCCUGGAGAGGCUGAGAUUUUUAUACGGUCCAUGGAACUUGUAAAAUAUGGAGAUUUUGGUCUAGAAAGGUGGUUUAAUUAUCAUGGGUAUUUAAACAAGUUAAACAUGCAAGCUGUUGCUUCGGCUCGUAUUCAAUCAGAUGAGUUUAUCAAAGAAUUUCUUGUUAGUCAUCAAAAGAUACCGAUUCUAGUUCACGAUCUAAUUAUGGUUGAACUUUGGAAGCAAAAAGUGUUUAAAAUUAUAUUAAGUGAUAAAGAGGAACCUACAUCUUCGUUCCCAUUGUAUACUAUUAUAUAUCAUGAACUACUGUUGGCAAACUUAUUGGAAACUGUAACAUAUCACAGUGAUGCAGUAGAAACCUUUGGAGAUUCAGUUACUGAUUUAGGAGAUUGGUGUCAUAGGUCAUUAUGUUAUCUCGUAACGCAAUCAGUAUCAGAAGAGGAAAAGUCAGUGUAUUUUGAAUUGAAAAAUAAGGUUAGUGAUACUAGUAAUUUGAAGGACCUAGAUCGUCAGUAUAAGGUUAUAGAAUAUGAAAAGGGUAUUAAAGCUAUCACCAUUGUCAGACAUUUGUUUGAAAAUUGUUUAAAUUCAGACAGUGGAUUACCUCCUCAUAUUGGACGUCGUUUACUUUACACACAUGAUAUCCCAAUUAUUCUUUGCAAAUUACUUGAACAAAAACCAUGGAUAAUAAUUGGUUAUGACGAAUCUAAUAAACAACGUCGUCAACAUAUUUGGCUUGAGAACGGGUCAUGGAUACCAGAUGACAAAACAUCCAGUGUUAUUCACAAACCGGAAGCGCAGAUAUGGUUAUGUUUAUUUCAAAUUCUAUUAGCCAAUAGUUCUUCUCUAAAAUAUGAUUGUUCAGUUGGCCACAGAAGAACAGCUUUAUUGAAACUACGUCCACUACUUACCGAAGUCAAACUAGAUGUUCUACCAGUUUUAAUUGACCUAAGACGUUUUUUGGAACACUUAAGUCUUAAUGAAUCGUAUGGAGGCACAAGUGAUAAAAUCAAUAUGUGUCUUAUAGAAGCAGUGCCAGAAAUUCGUGAAUCACUAGUUAGCAAAUAUAAAAAUAAAUGGAGGAAACUUGCCACACUAUUCAAAGAACAGACUGAAUCUAAUCGUGGGAAAGAGGCGGCGAAAAAGGCAGCAUUGCAGUGGACUGAGGCAUUUUCUGAAGAACAUCUCAGUCAAUUGUUCUCUUCCACAUUGGGGAAUUCAGGAGAUGAAAAUCCUUUAUAUCCAACACCAAGAUGCCCAACAUGUGGAGAAAUUGCCUCGAAGCGAUGUUCGAGAUGUCGUCAGGAAUGGUACUGUGGUCGAGAAUGUCAAGUAAAGCACUGGUUAAAGCAUAAGGACGCUUGUGACUUGUUAACAGAAGCAAUAACUUCUGAUAAAAAUUCGAAUUAA